UAAAACAGUCACGGUGUCCUCGUCGGGUGGGGUAGGAGUUGUAGAACCCCGUGCUUCCCGGAAAAGAGAGCAAGGGACUGACUUUCUCGUGACGGUCACGGGCCCUGGCGGGAACCACGAGGCUCCCGUGGUCACCGAGGGGAAGUAACCCUCACUGCUUCCUUUCCUCCGUGGCAGGAAAUCACUGACCAGGACAUGUUUGGAGACGUGAGCACAAGUCUGGUCGUGCCCGAGAAAGUCAAAACUCCGAUGAAGUCCAGUAAAACGGACCUCCAGGGCUCUGCCUCUCCCAGCAAAGUGGACGGGCUGCACACCCCCCGGCAGAAGAGGAGCACCCCCCUGAAGGAGCGGCAGCUCUCCAAGCCCCUGAGCGAGAGAACCAACAGCUCCGACAGCGAGCGGUCCCCGGACCUGGGCCACAGCGCGCAGAUUCCAAGAAAGGUGGUAUAUGACCAGCUGAAUCAGAUCCUGGUGUCGGAUGCCGCCCUCCCAGAAAACGUCAUCCUUGUGAACACCGCUGAUUGGCAGGGCCAGUACGUGGCAGAGCUGCUCCAGGACCAGCGGAAGCCCGUCGUGUGCACGUGCUCCACGGUGGAGGUCCAGGCCGUGCUGUCCGCCCUGCUCACCCGUAUCCAGCGCUACUGCAACUGCAACUCCUCCAUGCCGAGGCCGGUGAAGGUGGCAGCGGUGGGCGGCCAGAGCUACCUGAGCUCCAUCCUCCGCUUCUUCGUCAAGUCGCUGGCCAGCAAGACCUCCGACUGGCUGGGCUACAUGCGCUUUCUCAUCAUUCCCCUCGGUUCUCACCCGGUGGCCAAGUACUUGGGCUCUGUCGACAGUAGGUAUAGCAGUACCUUCCUUGAUUCUGGCUGGAGAGAUCUGUUCAACCGCUCAGAGCCCCCGGUGUCAGAGCACCUGGACGUGGUCGGGCGGGUGAUGCAGUACGUCAGCGGCGCGGGCGUGACGCACCAGCUGCCCGUGGCGGAAGCCAUGCUGACCUGCAGGCACAAGUUCCCUGAUGAAGACUCGUAUCAGAAGUUUAUCCCCUUCAUUGGCGUGGUGAAGGUGGGUCUGGUCGAAGACUCUCCUUCCACCGCAGGAGAUGGUGAUGACUCACCCGUGGUCAGCCUUACUGUGCCCUCCACGUCGCCGCCCUCCAGCUCAGGCCUGAGCCGAGACGCCAUGGCCACCCCUCCUUCCUCCCCGUCCAUGAGCAGCGCCCUGGCCGUCAUGGGGAGCCCCAGCAGCCCGUAUGGGGACGUGAUUGGCCUCCAGGUGGACUACUGGCUGGGCCACCCUGGGGAGCGGAGGCGGGAAGGUGACAAGAGGGACGCCAGCUCCAAGAACACCCUCAAGAGCGUCUUCCGCUCGGUGCAGGUUUCCCGCCUGCCCCACGGCGGGGAGGCCCAGCUUUCCGGCACCAUGGCAAUGACCGUGGUCACCAAAGAGAAGAACAAGAAAGUUCCCACCAUCUUCCUGAGCAAGAAGCCUCGAGAAAAGGAGGUGGAUUCUAAGAGCCAGGUCAUCGAGGGCAUCAGCCGCCUCAUCUGCUCUGCCAAGCAGCAGCAGACCAUGCUGAGAGUGUCUAUCGAUGGAGUCGAGUGGAGUGACAUCAAGUUCUUCCAGCUGGCAGCCCAGUGGCCCACCCACGUCAAGCACUUUCCAGUGGGACUGUUCAGUGGCAGCAAGGCCACCUGAGGGCACCGUCUCCUGGCUACUCUCCCUCCUGGCACUGCCACCAGCCUCACCGCCUGCAGGCAGGGGGAGGCCAGCAGGCCCAGGCCCAGCGUCCCCUUUCCUGGCCCCGGGGCCUGCAUCUCCCUGGCCUGGUCCUGAAGGACACUGCCACCGGGGACGCUGCUCCCCACCCCACACCCCUCCCCCCGCCAUGCUGGGUCCCAUCCGUGGGCAGCCCCCGCCCUCCCUCUCUCCUUUUCCUCCUCUCCCUCCGUUCCAGGCCCAAGGCAUGUUGAUUUUGCCUUUUGGCGGCCAACCCUGGUCCCUGGAACUGAGUCCUCCGGGCCUUCCUUCGCCUGACUUACAACCUCUUUCUCCACGUGGCACCAGUUCCCUUCCCGGAAACAGGAAACCCAGGGUCCUGGCCCACAGCAGGGGAUCCAGCCUCCCCCAUCUCCCCCAGGAUCUCGUUUUCUGAAGCUCAGCUGCCAGAUGCCACUCAGCCAGCCCCCCUCUAGUGGGGCCCAGAGCCAAGGCCACUUCCCACUGCUGUGGGGUGACGGGGCACGACCCCUCCCGCCUACUCACCCCAGAACAGCAUUUUUUUUUUUUAACAUCUUUAUAACAUUUCUGCGGCCACGCGUGGGUUUCUGGGGUGGAGAGGGCUCCGUGGUCUCGCCCGUGCAAGGGUUCACCGCGCCCAGGUCCCCUGUAGGUGCCGCAUGUGUCCCUGAGCGGUUCUUUGGUUGUCCGCACAGCCAGUCUCUCAGUGGUUCCUGGUGACUCACCUGGGUGCUGGUCCCUGUCCUUGGGUCUCCCCCUGUUGAUGGCUCUCCUCCCCAGCCUCCUCCCCAACGCCCCCAGCGCACCUCCGCCUCUGCCUGCAACUCUGGACCCAGAGAGAUGGGAGGCAGCCCCAUCCAACGUGUCGUCUGUGGCCCCGGUCCCUUCGGCUCCCUGCUCUCCGUGUCCAUCCGUCUCCUUUCCCCAGUCUGUCCUCCCCUC